UUGCGAACCGGUUAAAGACCGCACUACCUGUUCCUAGUAUACCUGAUAGAGUAAGCUCACGUCAUGUUAGUUUAGUCGAGAAUAAAAAGUGAAGCACAAAGCAAGUCAACGCAACCCCUCUGUUCCAUUUCUUUGGGAAAAACUUGGACGAUUCUCGGCACGGACCCGCCCAACAUAUGGUCACAAUCGAACCGGAUUUCUUUUCAUUGUUUUCCACAAGCUAACGUUACCGAGUAGAAGUGCCACGUGUGUAAAAACGAAAAAUGAACAUAAAAUUCAAUUAUAUCGAUAGAAAGAGCUAUUAAAACAAGUGGAAACUCUAUCAACUUGACUUCACACCUCAAAAACAAACAUUCCGAUGUUUUCGCAAAAUGAAGUUGGCAACAAAUAUUGAAAAAGUUCCAACAAUAAGCGAAUCUUUCAAGAGUACUGGGGCUUUUAAAGAAGACGGGUAUAAGUCAAAGGAGAUUGCUGAUGCAAUUGUAUAUAUGAUAUGCAAGGACAACAUGCCAGUGCGAUGCGUCGAAGAAGAAGGUUUCAGAGGAAUGCUAAACAAAUGUGUGCCGCAUUUCAAAAUUCCUUGCAGAACCAAGAUUACAACAAUGAUUGAGGAUAAAUACAGGCAGUGUGUAGAAACAGUGAAUGCAAUGUUGAGCGCUGUGCCGGACGUAGCGUUUACCUGCGACGCAGUUACUGUUCCGAAUUCGAGUCGCUCUUUUCUGACAGUCACUGCUCAUUUCGUUUAUAAAGAGUCUCUAAACACUAUACGCCUUAAUUCUACAAGAAUGGAUCAGAUGUUGAGAAACAAGAAGAUUUUGACGAUUUUAUGAGCUCCCACAAUUACUCAACUCAAAGGGACAUGCACGAUGACAAUAAGGAGAAUAAGGAGCUCAAGUUAUACUUCAGCUUGCCGCAAGCAGCUUGGGAAAACAAUCCUAUGGAGAUAUGGAAAUCUCAUAAAUCAACCAUGCCAAGCCUUUAUAAACUCGCCAUGAGGUACCUUGUUACCCCGGGUAGCUCGGUACCUUCCGAGCAGUUGGCGUUCGCUAUAAAUUGCGUGGUGUGCGACUCCAGGAGCCGUGUGACGGAAGCCCACAUCACACAAAGAGAUUUCCUCAAAUCGUUGAAGUCGUCACAUUGGAAAUAAAAUUAAAACAUAUAUCAGUAUCAUUAUAUAAGUAUUAUUAUAAUUUCUAUUAUAUCUGGAAUAUAUGAACUAAUAACAGUAUUAUUAUUAAGUUGAGAAUAAUUAUGAACAAUGAACAAUUAUCUGUGUUAUUAUUAUUAUAUUAAGAACUUAAUGAAGUAUUAUUAUGAUUAAUUUGAGAAUAUGUAUGAACUGCAAAUUGAGAAUUUAAUGAUUUAUUAUUACAAUGAGAAUAUAUAUAAAGUAUUAUUUGUUUUAAA